AUGAGCAAAACAGACCAACACUCCAAGAAGAAACGAAAGACGAUGGAAGAAGAUGCUGCAGCUGUGUCUUCCUCGCACCACGAAGAUGACUCUCUCCGAAAAUCAUCAUCAACAAAACAACACAAGAAAAAGAAGGAGAACCCAAGUCAUGGUGAACCAGCACCGAACGUGGUUGAAUUUUCCGAGCAAGAAUUGAAACAACUCGGGAAUGUAGUUGAUGAAUUCUUUGAAUGUAAUAGAGUGGUUCUGCAUCAAUUAGUUACAGUAUCUGAGUUGUUGAAUCGACUGGAAUAUUAUCCAUCGUAUUCGGAAUUUAUGAAAUCACAUUUUGAAUAUAGAGAUUAUCAAGAAAAGAAGAAACAAAUUAGAAGCGUGGUAUCGGGAAUUGUCAAGGCUGCCGUACAUCGAAUUGCUUCAUCCUUCAAAGAAAAAGAUGUUGUUUCUAAAUUAUAUCCAGAGGAAUUUGAUCAUUCAUUGUUCUUUGUUAAGAGACGAGUUCGUAUGACCUAUCCAUUAUAUGAUUAUGGUGGAAUUUAUCAAACUCAUAUGUCAUUAACAAGUGGAAGUGAAUUUUUAUUGACUGAAGAAGAAAAACAAGACAAAAACAAGUCUGAACAACAAACAGAGAUGGAAAAGCUCAUUGAGAAACAGCUUUUUGAUAGAGUCUUUCACCUUGUGGAUGGUUAUGAUGUUAAAUUGAGAGGAUUUGUGAUGGGCGUCGAGAAUGUGAAAAUCCUGGAAGACGGUUCAGUGAUACAAUUUGAGACUAAUCCAUCAGUUUCUUCAGUCUGCAUUGCUGCCACAUUUAUUUUGUUUGCUCCAACGUUUGGCACAGUAUUAAGAGGAACAAUCACAGGUCUCAAUAAUGCAAAGAAACAAGCCUACUGCAAGGUACUGGGUCUGUUUAAUUGCUCUGUUUCUGUUCCCAACGCAAGCGUGUUUCAAGAGUUAGUUUCGGGGCAAAGCAUUCAAUUUCAUGUCACCUGUUGUGGAUCCGAUAGGGGAGACCUCAAACUCGAAGGAACAAUGUUUGAAGAGGACGGUAUUGUACAGGAAGAGAAAGCAACACAUGAAGAACCAAAGACUGUCGAAGAAGAAUUCCAAUUCGAUGAAAAUGAACUUCCAUUCCAAUAA